AGCCCGGGCGGUACAAUAGGGUUGGGCCGCGGCCGGGACUGGGCCGGCGCGGGGCAGGAGCAGGAUCGCAGCCGCAGCCGAGACACACUGGGCGGCUGGCGACGCCGAGCCUCGCAGGCCACCAGCCGCGCCAGCCUCCACCCUCCCCUGAGCGCCCCCGCCUCCGAGUCGUUGCCCGCCGGGCCGGCCCGGGCGUGAUGCGCCGCGGGACCCCAGUCCUGGCCGCUGGCCGCCGCCGCCGUCGCCGCUGAGACCACAAGUCCUCCCAGUGACGCCGCAGCCAUGGAGAGCGGCCCACAUGCGGAGCCGGGUGUCGGCGCACCCCCAGCUUUGGCAGCCAGGACGCCCCCAGAGCCAAGACCUUCUCCAGAAGGUGACCCCUCCCCACCGCCACCACCACCACCGAUGUCAGCCUUGGUUCCCGACACUCCCCCGGAUACCCCUCCUGCCAUGAAGAAUGCCACUAGCCCUAAGCAGCUCCCACUGGAACCAGAGAGCCCCUCAGGGCUGGUAGGGCCUAGGCCAGCCCCCCAGCAGGAAGAGUCGCCUUUCUCAGAAGUGAAGAUCAGGGGACCCACCCCACCAGCCACAGGCCCACGGGAUGCCAGGCCUCCUCGAAGGAGCAGCCAACCAUCCCCAACGGCAGUGCCAGCUUCUGACAGCCCUCCCACCAAGCAAGACGUAAAGAAGUCAGGAGAGAGGCACAAGCUGGCCAAGGAGAGGCGAGAAGAGCGGGCCAAGUACCUGGCGGCCAAGAAGGCGGUGUGGCUGGAGAAGGAGGAGAAGGCCAAGGCGCUGCGGGAGAAACAGCUCCAGGAGCGCCGGCGGCGGCUGGAGGAGCAGCGGCUCAAAGCCGAGCAGCGCCGGGCGGCCCUGGAGGAGCGGCAGCGGCAGAAGCUGGAGAAGAAUAAGGAGCGCUAUGAAGCAGCCAUCCAGCGGUCAGUGAAGAAGACUUGGGCCGAAAUCCGGCAGCAGCGCUGGUCCUGGGCAGGGGCCCUGCACCACAGCUCCCCAGGACACAAGACCAGUGGGAGCAGGUGCUCCGUGUCGGCAGUAAACCUGCCCAAACACGUGGACUCUAUAAUCAACAAGCGGCUCUCAAAGUCCUCUGCCACGCUCUGGAACUCCCCCAGUAGAAAUCGCAGCCUGCAGCUGAGCGCAUGGGAGAGCAGCAUCGUGGACCGUCUGAUGACGCCCACCCUCUCCUUCCUGGCACGGAGUCGCAGUGCGGUCACACUGCCACGAAACGGCCGGGACCAGGGUAGGGGUGGCGGCACCGGGAGAGCCCCCGCGAGGGGCGGGGCAGGGGCCCGCCUCGCGCGUGGGCCUCACCCAGACCGCACUCAUCCCUCCGCAGCCGUGCCGGUGUGUCCGCGCUCGGCCUCCGCCAGCCCCCUGACACCGUGCAGCGCCCCCCGAAGCGCGCACCGCUGCGCCCCCGCCGGGGAGCGCCGCAAGCCCAGCGCGGGGGGCAGCCCCGCCUCGGUGCGCCGCCGGCCCGAGGCCUCGCCGGUGCAGAAAAAGGAGAAGAAGGACAAGGAGCGGGAAAACGAGAAGGAGAAGAGUGCCCUGGCCCGCGAGCGCAGCCUCAAGAAGCGGCAGUCACUGCCUGCCUCUCCGCGCGCCUCUCCGCGCGCCUCUCCGCGCGCCUCUCCGCGCCCGCGCCUCUCCGCUGCCACUGCUGCCGAGCUCAGUCCCAAAUCCAAGGCCCGGCCAUCCUCUCCCUCCACAUCCCGGCACAGGCCUGCCUCUCCCUGCCCCAGCCCAGGACCAGGCCACGCUCUGCCUCCAAAACCACCAUCCCCCCGAGGCACCACUGCAUCACCCAAGGGGCGGGUUCGGAGGAAGGAUGAAGCGAAGGAGAGCCCCAGUGCCGCAGGGCCUGAGGACAAGAACCAGAGCAAGGGCAAGGCCAGUGACGAGAGGGAGCCCGCAGCCCCUGCCUCUCCAGCACCCUCGCCUGUGCCCUCACCCACCCCAGCCCAGCCCCAGAAGGAGCAGCCCACGGCGGAGAUCCCUGCAGAUACUGCUGUCCUGACCACACCCCCAGCCCCUGCUUCCCCAGCGACCCCUAACAAACCCAUGGCGGGCACCACAGACCGAGAGGAAGCCACUCGCCUCCUGGCUGAGAAGCGGCGCCAGGCCCGGGAGCAGCGGGAGCGCGAGGAACAGGAGCGGAGGCUGCAGGCAGAAAGGGACAAGCGAAUGCGAGAGGAGCAGCUGGCGCGGGAGGCCGAGGCCCGGGCUGAGCGGGAGGCCGAGGCCCGGAGGCGGGAGGAGCAGGAGGCCCGCGAGAAGGCGCAGGCGGAGCAGGAGGAGCAGGAGCGGCUGCAGAAGCAGAAAGAGGAGGCCGAAGCUCGGUCCCGGGAAGAAGCAGAGCGGCAGCGUCUGGAGCGGGAAAAGCACUUCCAGCGGGAGGAGCAGGAGCGGCAAGAGCGCAAAAAGCGCCUAGAGGAGAUAAUGAAGAGGACUCGGAAGUCAGAAGCUGCUGAAACCAAGCAGAAGCAAGACAGAAAGGAGGCAAAAGCCAACAAUUCCAGCCCAGACCCUGCAAAAGCCGGGGAGGCUCGGCCAUUGGGGCUGCAGAAGGAGGCUGUGCAGAAAGAGGAGCCUGCCCCCCAGGAGCCUCAGUGGAGCCUGCCAAGCAAGGAGUCACCGGGGUCCCUGGUGAAUGGCCUGCAGCCUCUCCCAGCGCACCAGGAGAAUGGCUUCUCCCCUAAGGGACCCUCUGGGGACAAGAGUCUGGGCCGAACGCCAGAGGCACUCCUGCCCUUCGCAGAGGCAGAAGCCUUCCUCAAGAAAGCUGUGGUUCAGCCCCCACAGGUCACAGAAGUCCUUUAAGGAGGUGCCUUGGAUCCAGGCACAGCUAUGGGGGCUCCUCUGCGUCAUCCGCUAGGAUGUCUGGAAGAAAAAGAGACAGAACAAAGCCAGAAGUGGCCUGGGCCCCUGGGGGUGGGUCCUCUCUGUUAUUUCUAAUUUGCACCUUAUAGACUGACGUCUCUUUGGCCAGAGCCAGACCCUGACCCUCAGUGCAUUCGUGUGCUCACAUGUGCAGACACCCCCUCCCCCCAGUACACACACAUACACUCACAGCCUCUUGGGCCUCCUCCCUUGGGGAAGGGCCACCUGUAGUAUUUGCCUUGGUUUGGUGGGGUACAGUGGAUGUGAAUACUGUAAAUAGCUUGUGCUCAGACUCCUCUGCGUGGAGGGGGUGGGUGCAGGAGGCAGACCCUCCCAAGACUCCCUGGGGAGAUCUUCCUCUCUCUAUUUAACUGUAACUGAGGGGGAACCCAGGUCUGGGGAUGGGGGGCACCUUGGGCCACAGGAUACUUGUUGCUUUAGGGGUACCCAUGCCCCCUGCCCUUGCCUGGAAUCAGUGUUAUUGCAUCUGAUCAAACUUCUGCAGAAAUAAAGUGAGAAUAAUUCUGCCA